CCGACGGAAGCCGGCGGAGGCCGCGCAACCACGAGGACGCCGCCGUUGCCACGCGACGGAGCGCUUCCGUAGUUACCUCAGCGGAGCGGCGCGGGCGGGCGCAGGGAGCAUGAAAGCGGCUCGGUGUCUGUGCGAGAUCUGCACCUGCGGGCGCCAUCGCUGCCCUCAUAAACCCACAAGGAUUUAUGAUAAUGGACAACAGCCGUGCCUCACAACAGAGUAUGUGGAAAAAUAUCCCAAGUAUAGCAACAUCUCUCCUCCCCAGAGCCUCAAGCCGAAACAAGAGUACCAAGUUCAUCGUGGGAGAAUGGAAGGAAUUACAACAUUUAAAUCUGAUUAUUUACCAUAUGAUAUUGUGAAGCGACCUUUUCGGGUACAAGAAGAAUAUAAACCAAAGACGGGAGAGAUAGAACUGGGAACCACAUACCAGAAAGAUUAUAAUGCUCAUAAAAUACAACCAGUGACAUUAGUAAGACCUCUAGAGAGAAAACACACUACUGGAGGAAAAUUGGAUACCAUACCAACCUAUCAAGAUGACUAUAGGUCAUGGGAAGUUCAAAGAAGGGAACCUAGUAAGGUGGAGCAUAUAUACCACCCACCUACAGAGAAGUUUGGAAAUUCUACUACGUUUCAAGAUGACUUUAUUCCUAGGGAACUGAAUCCUAGAAGAAGUUUUAAACCUCCUUGUGUAGCCAAGGUUUCAGAUGUGCCUUUUGAUAGCACCACUAGCCAUCGCACUUCUUAUAUCGCUCAUCAACUGGAACCAAGAUUCAUGAGAUCAAAAGAAGAGUACAAGCCAAGCAACCAACCCUUUGAAGAUCUCACAACCCACCGGAAUGAUUUUAAAGGGCUACCCGGGCAACUUACAAAAAGCUGCAAGCCUGAAAAUGUGAAAGUUGGAUCCAGUGCUCAUUUUAAUGGAGUCACUGAAUUCCAGGAUCGUUUUCAGCCAUGGCUGGUCUCUUUGCCUGAGGUCCACAAAACGAAAGAGUACGUUCCACCUGCAGGCAACAUGGAUUUUAACUCCACGAGCCACCUUGAUUACAUUAAGCAUGAAAUUUCUCCUGCUGUCACUGUAAGACCGGUUUCUAAUGGAAGAAGAACCAAUGCCCCUUUUCAAGGGAAUACUACUACAAAAGAAGACUUCAAAGCUUGGGGCAGCUGUCGGCAAGAGAUUAUUAAGAAACAACAGGAAAUUCCAAAACCUACAGGAAAAUUUUAUGAUUUAACUACAUUCAAAUCUCAUUACAUACCACAUCAGAUCAUUCCAGCUCGAAGUUUCAAACCUACACAUGCUAUAGUUCCUAAUUCAGCUCCUUUUCAAGUUGAAACUAUGUAUCGCACAGAGUAUACUCCUAAGAAGCAAAAUACCUGCCCAGCAAAUUAUCCAUCUCCUCCAGGUUAUGUCUACGUAAACACAGAUUCUCACGGUCACAAGUUCUUCCGUCAGCUUACUCCAGAACUUUCUGAGUCAAAUAGUAACCCGGUUCCAAAGGAAGUAGCUGUUCUGUCAUAAUAUUUAAAUGGAGUAUUUCAAACACCCCGGUAAAAUAAUUGGGAUCCUACUUGUUUACUUCUUUUUUAAAUAAUACCUAAAGUAAAUCAAAUCAUGCAAAUUACGAUUUUAAAAGCAUUUAAACUAAUAGCUUGAAGAAAAUCAAAGCAAAACCAGAAGUUUAUUACAAAAUUAGUAAAGAUUCGACAAUUUUGGUAGGAAUAAUGCAUCUUACAUGGCAUCUAUUCUUUUUUUGAUUGAGCAUACUACUUUUCUUGACUUCCCAGAUGUCAUUAUGCUCCAUCUCAAGCAUGCAUCAUACAUUUAAUUCUUUCAGAUUUUGUGCAAAUCAAAUGAUUGUAUUUGUGAAAUAGCAAGUAACUUUUUAUCUUAACUUUUUCAUAUUAUAGCAAAUAAUGCUAUGAUAAUCUAAAUAAUUAGCUCAUCAGUCCAGCUUUUCAUCUCAUCAUCUUUUGGGUAAUCAGAUAAAAUGAUUUUUUGCUAUACAUUUUGCUGCCCAUGUCACAAGAUAGCACCCUAUGACACCUAUGCAUUUCUAAAAACCUGGGUUUAGCUUUAGUCAUCGUUACUUCUUCAUCCAGUUCUGAGAAGAGUAUAAAGGUCACGCUGAAAUUUCUGAUAGUUUUUGAUCCUGCUAUCUGAUUUUUAAAGCUAAACAGCACGUUAUCAGUGCCAAAGAUCACUGCAGAGGCAGUCUGAAGGGGGAAAUGUCAGAAAACUAUAAAGGUGUAUGUAGAAAUAAUGGAAACUAGUGUAAACUCAGUUAAAGACACAUCAGCCAAGAUGCAGAAAUCUCUAGACAGCCUGGCUUCAGUCUGUCUGCUCUUCAAAGAAUUACUUGUUACACAGAAAACAAAACUUUUAUAGAAACUGUACAUGCAAUGAUUAUGCUUUUGUAUGAGAUAUUUAGUAUUUUCUCUAUGUGUAUUUACCUGACUUUGGGAAAUUUAGAUUAACUUAUUUCAGUCCUAUUAUGCUCAUGAUUUAACCAAGUCCAAAUAAAGAGUUCUAUGAUUCACAGUAUUAUCAUGUUCUAUCACAGUACAGUAGUAUGGGGUUUUUUUCAGUAUUGCAUAACUUGUACACAUUGGAGAAUUAUGUGCUCAUACUUCAUAAACCAAAUCACCAAUAAAAGAACUAAGAUCAA